CAAGCAGCAGAAUAAGAGGAUCUUGUAGCUCAUAAAAUAAUGAUGAUGCGACUUUUUAUACGGACUGGGUAGGAUUACUACUUGAAAUUACACAACGUUGAGUUAUAUCAUACUUGAGGAGGAGGGGGCAUUCAUUUAUUUGGGAAAAAUUGAGAUAUCUGCUUAUCUAGAAGAUGUAUCUUAUCUUGUUUGUACUCGGAAUAUUUCGAAGGGGGAGGAAGAGACGAGACGUGAUGGGCGAUUAUUUAAGUAAUUAUCAUUAAGUUAGUUAAGCUGUUAUCUUAUUGUAAUAAUAAUGAUGAUGAUGCUUUAUGUAAUUCUGGUUUUACUGAUAAUCUUCACAAUGUGACGAUGAAACGACGACUUGCAUGAAUCGUUUUCAUGGACGAAUUUAUUAUCGACUAAAGGUGUCUCAGCUGGCAUGGUUUCUCACUUGUUGUGAGGAUCCAACUGAUUUUUGCUUAUUUUUGCCCACGGCAAAUAUAAAUACCGGUCGGUUUAAUAAUAUUGUUUUUCUUGAAAUAUUCCCCAGAAACAAAAAAAAAUAGUAAUAAAAAGUUGAAAAAAGGCAAAAAUUGAGGGGAGAGAGACGUGUUUUAGUUUUGGUCGAAAAAAAUGAGGGCUGCUCAUGUGGUGGUCAAUUUUUGGAGGUUGCGGUCCCCACUGGCGAAUAAUAAGCUCCAUUGUCAGGUGGGACAAGGGAGGCUUAUAACUAAUUGUGCCAAAUGUUAUUGCAGUCAAAAAUUUAUGAGAAGGGAGGAUGUCAAAGGUCAAAAUGAAGGACGGUUGAAACGGUUACUUGGUCGGGUUCAAGGUGGCGAUAGAGGGUCACUGGCAGAGGCGAUUACGUUGGUGGAAACUACCCAUGCGGGCAAGAAACUUAUGGCGAAGGAGAUGUUGGAGGCGAUUUUGAUAGAAAAUUCGAAAAAGGGAGAGACAAAGAGUUUAAGAAUUGGGCUUUCAGGACCCCCCGGCGCUGGGAAAUCCACCUUUAUCGAAAUUUUCGGCAAAUCUCUCACCAAAAUGGGGAAGAAAGUUGCCGUGCUGGCUGUCGACCCUUCCUCCGCCACGACGGGGGGAUCCCUUCUUGGAGAUAAGACUCGCAUGCCGGAACUGACUCGAGACAUGAACGCUUACAUUCGACCCUCUCCCGCACGAGGACAUUUGGGCGGAGUUACCCGGUCUACGAAUGAAGUCAUCUUGGUGUGCGAAUAUGCAGGAUAUGAUGUAAUCAUUGUGGAAACAGUUGGUGUGGGUCAGUCAGAAUACGCCGUUUCCAACAUGGUGGACAUAUUCGUCGUGUUAAUUCCACCCGGCGGUGGGGAUGAACUACAAGGCGUUAAGCGAGGAAUUGUAGAACGAGCCGAUAUCCUUUUAGUUACUAAAUGUGAUGGUGACCUUAAAAACGCGGCUCAUCGGACUCAAUACGAGUAUCAAUCCUCUCUCAAAUUUAUGCGUCCAAGCAACCCUAACUGGAAGACGAAGGUUCUCGGCGUCUCGGCCAAAACUUCCGAAGGGUUUGACGAAUUCUGGCAAGAAAUUCUCAACUACCAGAAAGCUACGGAAGAAACAUUUGCCUCUAAACGAGCCCACCAACGCGUCAUUUGGACCUGGACCCACGUUCAAGACGGUCUCCAACAAUUCAUCAUGGAAGACUUGGACCUUAAGAGUAAGACUGACCAGCUAAUCCACCAGGUGGAAGGAGGACUCGUAAAUCCUGGCACUGCCGCGGAUAAAAUCAUUUCCUUCUUUACCAGCCAUCUAGUUAAUAAUUCAAACUCAAACAGUGAUAAAAUUAAUUAAUUACAUGCGAAAGAACUAAAAAUAAUAUUUAUGUGUAACGAUUCCGUUAUUGUACUGUACCUGCGAGUAAAAUUUAAUGAACGUGUUUUUUUCUUUCGUGUUGACAAUUAAUUAUCGGAACAGCAAUAAAGAUGUGAAGAAAUGAAAGAGAA